CAUUCGAUUAUAUUUAGAGAAAAUCGAGAAAACUCUCGACGCCUGCCGGUGUUCAUAAGUUGUAAAAUAUAAAUGCGGUUGCAGUGUUGGAAUUUCAAUCAGUUGAAUCGAAGAAAUCAUUCAGUGAAAUACUCAAGUGAUUUAACAGUCUGUACAUACAAACGGAAGUGUCCGUAAUGGCAAUGCAAUUGAAAACGAUUUCAAAUAAAAUGUUCAACCCAGCGGUGAAUUUGAUGCGAAAUUAUUCACGUUUUUCGGUGCCAUCAAUUUUCUUUGAAGAUCCGUUACGACGGCACCGUCAACUGUUUUCGGAUUAUUGGAACGCACCAUUCGAUGCCAUCGCUCAGGUGCAAAAAAUGCAAAAACUCAUGGACUUUCGCAUGCCGUCAAUGAAUGUUUGGGAGGGUGAACGAUUCGUCUGCAAUCCGAAGGAUGGAUUUCAUGUUUCGUUGAAUGUGGAACAUUUUGCACCGAACGAAAUCAGUGUCAGAGUCAUCGAUAAAUCAAUUUUGGUGGAGGCGAAACACGAAGAACGAGCUGAAAAUGGUGAGAGCUAUGCAUCGAGACACUUCACCCGACGAUUCGUUUUGCCGGAUGAAUUCAGCGAGAAAGACAUUGUGUCCACUCUAUCGUCGGAUGGAAUUUUAUCAGUCAGAGUACCACCAAAAGAAAUUGACCCGCAGAAUGCACGGAAUAUUCAUAUUCAACAAACGGGAGCGCCGGCUCGAAAUCUUGGUCAGAAUGGUCCAGGACAAAAUCCAACCAUGAAUCAGAAUCAAAACGAACCGAAAAAUAAUUAGUGGACUGCGAGGUGGACUGCCUAUUCAGGAAUGCAAUAUUUCAUUAAUUUCUGUUGGGAGUGAUUAACUGCCAUUAAUUAAGAUCUUGUUGCAAUCAAUCGAAAUUGUAGUGAAAUAUCAUUACGUUGUUGUGAAAUACAUGAGACGUUUUUUUUUGUAUUCAAA